AUGCCUGUUAAAUCACGAUUCACCAGGCUGGACGCCUUCACCAAGACGGUCGAAGAUGCCCGCGUGCGGACCACCUCCGGUGGCAUUGUGACGAUUGCUUCGAUUCUGAUUAUAAUUUAUUUGAUACUAGGGGAAUGGUCGGAUUACAGGAAAAUCCUCGUGCAGCCGGAGCUGAUCGUGGACAAAGGGAGAGGCGAGAAGAUGGAGAUACACCUCAACAUCACCUUUCCUCGAAUACCUUGCGAACUCCUCACCCUCGACGUCAUGGAUGUGUCCGGCGAGCAACAGACCGGGGUGGUGCACGGUGUCAACAAAGUGAGACUGUCGUCUGUGGUCGAGGGCUCGCAGAUCAUCGACAUACAGACGUUACAGCUGCAUCAGCAGGAUACGGCGACACAUCUGGACCCUGAUUACUGCGGCUCAUGUUACUCAGCCCCCCCGCCGGCGAAUGCCUCGAAACCGGGAUGCUGUAAUACUUGCGAUGAAGUACGUGAAGCGUACGCAUCCAACAGCUGGGCCUUUGGACGGGGAGAAGGGGUCGAACAGUGCGAACGAGAGGGAUACGGUGAGAAACUGGAUGCGCAGAGGCACGAAGGAUGUCGAAUCGAAGGAGUCGUCAGAGUCAACAAGGUGGUGGGCAACUUCCACAUCGCUCCUGGUCGAAGUUUCAGCAACGGGAACAUGCACGUACAUGAUUUGAAUAACUACUUCGAUACUCCCGUCGAAGGCGGGCACACAUUCACGCACGAGAUCCAUUCUCUCCGUUUCGGGCCGCAGCUGUCGGAUGAGACAACGGCCAAGUGGAGCGAUCAUCAUCAUUCAAAUCCCUUGGACGGACACCGACAAGAGACAGACGAGGCAGGCUUCAAUUUCAUGUACUUCAUCAAGGUGGUCUCAACUUCCUAUUUGCCAUUGGGAUGGGAUGAGGAGCGGUCCAUGAAACAACAUUCGAGUCUCAGUGAUAUCAUCCCCUUGGGCAUGCAAGGCAAGGGCGCCGGGAGCCAGGGGUCUAUCGAGACACACCAGUAUUCGGUGACAUCGCACAAGAGGUCGCUCGGCGGUGGCACGGACGCAGCAGAGGGUCACAAAGAACGACUCCAUGCACACGGAGGUAUCCCCGGUGUUUUCUUCUCCUACGACAUCAGCCCGAUGAAAGUGAUCAACCGCGAAGCCAGACCCAAGACAUUCGCCAAUUUCUUAACCGGUGUAUGUGCCGUUAUCGGUGGUACCUUGACAGUCGCGGCGGCUAUUGAUCGGGGGCUUUAUGAGGGAAGCACGCGGCUGAAGAAGCUCCAUGAGGGAUGA